UCUAAUAUUUCUCAGAAGUGUACACUAUCUACGCAUUCGCAUAUGGGUUUCAGAAUGUGAGUAAUUGAGCUGUUAACGUUUGCUCUAUGUUACAUGUGUCCCUAGUGGCUUAAUGAAACAACACAACAGAAAUGGAAAAACAAUUUCCUUGCUAGUGAAUUCACAUUCUAAUAGUCGCGUAGCCUAAAAACUAGGGUCAGCAGCACUGAUUAACGUUAAAGACGUCAGGGAACCAAGUAAAAAAAACAACAACAUAUGUUUGCAACCUAUAUUCUGAGUGGAGAAUCAGAUGCUUCGUUUGCUUUUAGCGGCUAUGAAGUAGGCCUACUCAUCUUACGGUUAAUCGCAAUUAUCAUUUUCUAUUCCCCACACUGGUGAUUCAUGUUCGCCUCGACCCGUCAAUAACGACGUGCUCAUGGCAUCUCAAUGUGUCGGUUCAACAUGAUGGGUAUCAACGUCACUUGCCGGGGUAUUUUUACACUUUGUUGUUCGAGGUGUGUGUGUGCGCGUGCGUGUGAGCUCAUGCAUGGCAUCAUUUCAGCCGAUACAGGACUAGUUGAGCACAAUUUGGUUUAGUUGAGCUCUCUUUAGUAACGGCUGGAUUGACAGGCACACAUUUGAUACGAUCUAAUUUACACGCACAAGUCAUUGCUGUAUUGUUCUGCUUACUGCACUCUGGUUAAUCAUUUCUCCUUUCUAAAUGAAUUGAUGUUUUAUCUCAAGCGGUUUACAGAAUGCAAAAGAUUAUACCCAGAUUAAGGAGCUGUUUACAUAAAUAGUUUUAUCUCCAGAGGUUCAGGUUCUAUAAAAAGGGUACGUGUCAAGGUUAAAAGUUGUUUACGCAGUAUACUAUUAUUUUCUCAUCCUGUCUUCUUUUGUCCUGCCUGGUGUUUUAAGAUUGACCAAAACAUUUUACCCAAACUGAUUUUGCUGAUAUCAUAACCAUCAUAUUAUUGGGUGCCUACGGAUUGCGAACGGCUUGAAAUGUUGCUAUCUGACGAUGAGUCAAGUUUUUAUGAGCAGAUAGCCUAAACGUAUUAUUUGAACACCUCUUGCACUUGGGUUGAGGCGGGAUUGCGAGUCAGAGGAUGAUGUCACCUCAAUCGCGCGGUGGGGGAGGAGAGUGGGAAGGAGGGGGGAGGAGCGUCGGGAAGAGUCUUAGAGCCAGUUUCAGGUAGCAAAUACUGACCAGAAGUUAGGACUGGGAGUCAGCGGAGGACGGAACUUCGAAAAGGGUUAUCCAGUGAUGUUGAUGAUGUCACUGGACAGAUGAAAAUUGAUUAAGGGAAUAAGGGAAAAUGCACUGGGAACAAGUACUCCGAUUGAAGAAUUGCAAGAUCGAGCGGUUGGAGGUGAGCGGCUUGGCUCAGACGUCCCAGGUGGUGACGUGCGGGCCCGACGGGUCGUUCCCUGGGGAUGACGAUGGCGCUCCGGACCCCCAGCGCACCAAGCAGGCCAUUGCCCAGCUGCAGCAGAAGAUCCUCAAGCUCACCGAGCAGAUCAAGAUCGAGCAGACAGCCCGGGACGACAAUGUGGCCGAGUACCUCAAGCUGGCCAACAACGCCGACAAGCAGCAAAGUGCCCGCAUCAAACAGGUGUUUGAGAAGAAGAACCAGAAGUCAGCCCAGACCAUCCAGCAGCUUCAGAGAAAACUGGAACAUUACCAUCGCAAGCUUAAAGAGGUGGAGCACAAUGGCAUUCCUCGCCAGCCCAAGGACGUCCUGAGGGACAUGCAGCAGGGCCUGAAGGACGUCGGGGCAAAGGUCACCGGUUUCAGCGAAGGCGUGGUGGACAGUGUCAAAGGAGGCCUCUCCAGCUUUUCCCAGGCCACGCACUCCGCUGCCGUCGGGGUCGUCUCCAAGCCGCGGGAAAUCGCCUCGCUGCUCCGCAACAAGUUCGGCAGCGCCGACAACAUCCCCGGGCUGAAGGACUCCCUGGAUGACCCAUCAGGAGGCGAGGAAGGGGUCACCGCGGCAGGAGGGAGGUCUCUGGUUGGCGCCGGGCACCACCUGCAGUCCAGCCCCAAGUUCGGCAGCGAGGACGACUGCUCCAGCGCUACGUCAGGGUCGGCGGGGGCCAACAGCACCACAGGGGCCCCCGGAGGCCCGCCAAGCUCCAAGGGGAACACCCUGGAGAGGAGUCAGAGCUCCAGUCUGGACAUGUUGCUGCAAGAGGUGCAGGAGCUGCGGGAGGGCCAAGUGAGACUGGAGGAGAGCUUGGAGGGGCUGAAGAGUGACUAUCAGAGGGACUACACGGUCAUCAUGCAGGCCUUGCAGGAGGAACGCUUCAGGUGUGAGCGUCUGGAGGAGCAGCUUAACGAUCUAACUGAGCUCCAUCAGAAUGAGAUCCUCAACCUUAAGCAGGAGCUGUCUAGCAUGGAGGAGAAGAUUGCAUACCAGUCCCAUGAGAGAGCCAGAGACAUACAGGAAGCUCUGGAGGCUUGUCAGACGCGUAUCUCUAAAAUGGAGCUUCAACAGCAGCAGCAACAGGUGGUCCAGCUGGAGGGCCUGGAGAACGCCACGGCCCGCACCCUGCUGGGCAAACUCAUCAACGUCCUCCUGGCCCUCAUGGCCGUGCUCCUGGUGUUCGUCUCCACCGUGGCCAAUUGCGUGGUGCCCCUGAUGAAGACGCGCUCCCGCUCCUUCUCCACCCUCCUCCUCAUCCUCCUAUUUGCCUUCCUGUGGAGGAACUGGGAGGCGCUGUCGGGCUACACCCACCGCGUUCUUCAGCCGCCCAGAUGACCGUGUGGACGCUGUGUGUUCCUUUGACUGUGCAUAGUGGUGGAACUCUGUCCACGCUGAUAGGAAGCCUAACUGCCAAUGGGAUGCAGUGAUUGUUUUUGAAGGACGUUGAGCAAUUAGCCUAUCGGUCUAGCUCAGUAAGGCUGGAUCUGGACUUUGGAGAAAGUUGGAGAAUGAAGUUGUCAACCUCUCUCAGCUGUGACUCUUGAAGGAUGAGACUUUUGUUUACAUUUUGGGGGAUAACUAGUGUUUAUUUCUUUCACAUGAUGUAUUGUCAUACUGUUUUUAUUUUCUAGGAGUUCAUCAAAUAUUUUAUUGUUGUUCAUAUUAUUUCUAAUAUUAUUCUUUUAAAUUUUUUACAUUAUUUCAUUCAGUUACUGUGUAGCAUUAAGCUCCUUUCCUUCCGCACAAAGAGGAGCUUGUCAGGAAACUGAUUGGAUGAUCACCUCAGAGGCUCAGGCCCUCUGCUGAGAGAUGCUGCUCUGAUUGGCUGCCCUUCAAAAACACAAGGGCUUUACCUGGCUGUUUUAGGUAGAAAAUCAAGGUAAAUGAAUGCCUUCUUCGCACUUUUCCCACAGCAAUGGAUUCUGAGAUAAGAGAAAAAACUUUCUACAGAGAAUACUUUGUUUCUCGGAGGAAAAGACUGACAGACAUUACAUUUGAGUGUCACUCCUAGAGACUCCUCGUGCUUCCGUACAAUUUCUACUAGCAAUGAUUUAUGUAUUUUAUAAAGUUUUCAUAUAUACAGCUCUGGAAAAAAUUAAGAGAACACUGCACCCUCUUCUUUCCUUUCCAAAAAAGUUGAAAAGGAAUGUUUUGAGUGAGGAACAGAAGCGUUCAAUUUGCAGUGGUCCCUUAAUUUUAAACCUUCUGUUAUGACAGGAUAAAUGAUUUUAAUUAAGAGAGAACUGAGGUAUGACUAAGUGCGACUAGACACGUUUUUUUUUUAACAAUUUGCUUUUUGAGACUCAUUGAAAAGCGCUUUAUCAAUUGAAUAAAUGAUUACUGUUAGUUAGGACUGCUCUCCACAGAGCAGCCACUUUAGGCCACUUUAACAGGAAAAAUUGCAUCGCCACGAUACUGCCUUCGAUGGUACUCACCCAUCAUGCUGGCCGAUGUCUAUGUGGAAAAGGAGUGACAGUUCUACCAGGCAAGGAUGGCCGUCUUCCCUGCCACACUACUGUUCUCCAACGCACUGCCAGAAUGAUGAAUCACUUCCUGCACUGGUCCACUCACUGCCACUCCCCCUCCAUCAUCAACAUCCUGCCCAAUGUGCCAAAACUUUCCAUGACACCUGUUGCACAGACAGGUUUUUUUCUUUCUUUUUUUUUUGGGGGGGGGGGGGGUUGUAUGUAGAGAGGUCUUCUAGCCUUGAGGGGAAGAGAGUGGCAGAGCAUAUGGUCAAAGCAGGCCUGAUGUCAACUACAACCUUUUCCCUUCACAGCCACUGCUACUGUGCAUAAUAAAAGAGAUGGUAAGACUGUUUGUUGAUCAACCACCUGCCUAUGUGUCUCGGCUUGGAGUUGAGGUGGAUGAUGAAUAUUAGCCUGGUCACCGUAUUUGCUGUAUUAGCCAACCCCCCCGACUGCCAUGGUCGUGACAUGACUGAAGAGUCGGCAUACUGAAGUACAAAUUGACAUGGUAUCAGGUUUUCUACAACACCGUUACAAGAUUGCUUCUGGGUAAUUGCUCUGAGGUGCACGCAGCUAAUGAUCUGAGGUGCGUUUCCUAAUCCUGGCCUUUCAGUGUGGUUGAACGUGCUGGCUCUUUAUCCAUCUUGUCCUCUUACUCAUCCAUUCAUCGACCUAGCAGGAAUGAGGCUGUCAACAGCUGCAUUAGAAGACUGUUUUAAGGUAAUAUCUAACAGCGAAAACUGGAUUGUUGGUAAGUGUUCGGAGCUGGAUAGCCUUCUCUGGUGGGUUUUAGGCUCAAGGUUGGGAUCCGUGUUUAACAACCAAGAACUGAUCACAGAAUGGGAAUGAUUUGAGCUCAGUGGACUGUGUGGCGCACUGGUCCGUCUACAGAUGCUGUUCAUUGUUUGGAUCUGGAACGUGCCCUGUGAUUGGCUCUUGAGUUGACUUCUGACUGUGAUGGGACUGACCAGGACCUCUGCAGCUUGGUGGGGUUGGAAGGGAUGGGUGCUAGAACCACUCCUGUGCCUUUUGGUGUCAUUUUCUAAGUGUGAAAUAAUAAAGGUGCAUUCCUGACUAA